UCCCUCCCCUCCUUUCUACUUCCCCCUAGCCUCCAGUGUCAGUCUCCAGGAUUUUCUCUCUUCCUAUUUCAAGAAGACUCGCAAGGCUCCCCCAGUCUGUGUGAAGCUGAGGUUUCCCCUGGAUCCGUACAUCUCCAUCACAUACCUCCACGCACACACCUCCCCGACGAGCCCAGCGCUCACACCCACAAACACGCGCGCUCACACUCGCGCCGGCCUGUCCAUCUCCCUCCGGAGGGGGGGAGCCGGCGCGCGGUCCCACCUUCGUCGCUCACACUGGCCAGGCGAGCUCGCAGCGCUCCACGACUCUGCGGCUCGGAACUCGGACCGCUGCUCUAAACGCCCCCACUGUGGUAUUUUAAAAAAAGAAAGAAAGAAAGAAAGAAAGAAAGAAAAAAGGACAUUUCUUUGCCUUUUCCUCUUCUCUCGCCUCUCUCUUGCACGGUUUUCAACCCGAGAGGCUAACAGAGCCGGCUGCAUUCCCAAGCCAGCCCUGGUUGGCUUGCCAUCCACCAUCUGGCUUAUAAAAGUUUGCUGAGCUCAGUCCAGAGGGCUGCGCGGCUCGUCCCCUCGGCUGGCGGAAGGGGGUGACGCUGGGCAGCGGGGAGCACUUACGCAUCUGUCCUCAGGAGUAUACGUGCUGUACCACAGAAAUGGAAGACAAGCUGAGCCAACAGAGCAAGCUCGAGUUUGAAAACCUCGUAGAAGAGACAAGCCAUUUCGUGCGUACCACGUUUGUGUCAAGGCAUAAGAAAUUUGACGAAUUUUUCCGCGAGCUGCUGGAGAAUGCGGAGAAGUCCCUCAAUGACAUGUUUGUCCGGACCUAUGGGAUGCUGUACAUGCAGAAUUCGGAGGUGUUUCAGGACCUCUUCACUGAGCUGAAACGGUACUACACAGGGGGGAACGUCAACCUGGAGGAGAUGCUCAAUGACUUCUGGGCGCGGCUCCUGGAGCGGAUGUUCCAGCUGAUAAACCCCCAGUAUCACUUCAGCGAGGACUACCUGGAGUGUGUGAGCAAGUACACCGACCAGCUGAAGCCUUUCGGGGAUGUGCCACGGAAACUGAAGAUUCAGGUCACGCGCGCCUUCAUUGCUGCUCGCACCUUCGUCCAGGGCCUGACAGUGGGCAGAGAAGUUGCCAACCGUGUUUCCAAGGUGAGCCCCACCCCCGGGUGCAUUCGAGCUCUCAUGAAGAUGCUCUACUGCCCAUACUGUCGUGGCCUGCCUGCCGUGAGACCCUGUAACAACUACUGCCUCAACGUCAUGAAGGGCUGUCUAGCCAACCAGGCGGAUCUGGAUACUGAGUGGAAUCUGUUCAUAGAUGCAAUGCUGUUGGUGGCAGAGCGACUGGAAGGGCCGUUCAACAUUGAGUCAGUCAUGGAUCCAAUCGAUGUCAAGAUCUCUGAAGCCAUUAUGAACAUGCAAGAAAACAGCAUGCAGGUGUCGGCAAAGGUUUUUCAAGGCUGCGGCCAGCCCAAACCUGCUCCGGCUCUCAGAUCUGCUCGUUCAGCUCCAGAAAACUUUAACACACGUUUCCGGCCCUACAACCCUGAGGAAAGACCCACAACAGCAGCGGGCACGAGCUUGGACCGGCUGGUCACAGACAUAAAAGAGAAACUGAAGCUCUCUAAAAAGGUGUGGUCAGCCUUGCCCUACACCAUCUGCAAGGAUGAAGGCGUGACAGCGGGCACGUCCAAUGAGGAGGAGUGCUGGAACGGCCACAGCAAAGCCAGAUAUUUGCCUGAGAUCAUGAAUGAUGGGCUGACCAACCAAAUCAACAACCCUGAGGUGGAGGUUGACAUCACCCGGCCGGAUACUUUCAUCAGACAGCAGAUCAUGGCUCUCCGGGUGAUGACCAACAAACUGAAGAAUGCAUACAACGGCAAUGACGUCAACUUCCAAGACACAAGUGAUGAGUCCAGCGGCUCAGGCAGUGGCAGUGGGUGUAUGGAUGACGUGUGUCCCACAGAGUUCGAGUUUGUCACCACCGAGGCCCCUGCUGUGGAUCCGGACCGGAGAGAAGAGGAAUCUUCAGGCACGCAGGGCAGCUACUCCCUGCUCUCCUGGUCUCUGGUCUGCAUGGCCCUGGCCCUACAGAGACUCCACAGAUAAUCAUGGGCUUUGGUCAAGUGAAACUGCAUUUUAGCUCUUCGGUGGCCAACUCCCUUCUUUUCUUACACUCUUGGACAAUGGACCAUGCCACAAAACUCACCGUUUUCUAUGACGAGAGAGCAGUCUUGCAACCUGCCUCCCUUUUUGUUUUCCCAAAGAGUACUGGGUGCCAGAGGAUCUGCUUCUUACCUUCUGCUGUCUGUGGGGACCUUGUUUAUUCCAGAGAGAAUUCUUACUCAAACCUUUCGUACCAAGAGAUUUUUUUCUUACAGUCAUUUGCUUUUAUGCUGAAAAAUUAAAGGAAUUUCAUGUUGUGAGGGUUUUUUUUUUUCUCUAACACCCCUCUUAAAAUAAAAUAAGAUAGAAAGAAAAUAAUUUUCCUUUUCAAAUCAGGCCAAACCCCAAGACAACUGCCUUUUCAACAAGGAAGCAAAUAAAGGAACUCUCAUGCUAUCAGGUUUGGCAAUGGCAGCCAACUCUGGGGCGAGCUUUUCUGUGACAAGCCAAGUUUACAAAAUGCUUCUGAGGGGAAAGUGUAACCUUAUUUAAUGUAGUGGAAAUGCACUGUUGUCUUGGAGGUAUUGUCUUGCAGUCUACCCAAACUGAUUUGGAGGUACUAAUAGUGAACUUUGGAGUCUGUCUUUAUAUGAGUGGUAAUCUUUACUGCAACUCAACGCCUCUCUUUCACCUGCCCAAUGCCACAUUCACUGAUGGCAGCAUCCUGACACCUGUCCAUUGUCUCCAACUGACACCAAUUGUUUUCAGUUCUUCACCUCCCCCCCCCAAGUCUCCUUCCUCCUAGGUCUUGACUAAAAAUUCAUCUUCAUUGGUAGAGUCUCUACUUUUGCCACCAGUCUGACAUGAAUUAGACAUCUCAGCCCCUCUGUUCCUGACUCUCCUCCAAAUAAGAGUUCUCUUACUGACAUGACAAAUAGCUCCACAUAUGAGUUUUUGUUAUAGACUCUUUGAUUGUGUCAAUUGGUUUCAGCAUCACAAGGGCAUUCUCUUACAAAAUAACUCACAACAACAAAAAACUCAAGACAAAAAAGAGAGAAAAACACUAUAUAUAUAGUAUUGACAUGGAGAUUUCUUUCACUUUUUUAGUCUUAGUAUGAUCAUCUAUUUUUAUAUCAAUAUAUAUAUAUAUAUAUAUAAAAAUCACAGAUUUUAACUUCUUAAUUCCAAGCUCAGGGUUGACACUCCUUUGUAACAAACCUGUUCUGUCAACCAGCUCUUCUUGUUUUGUGGGGCUCAGAGAAGGGAUUCCUCAAUGAUCUGUGAGCACCAAGAAUCAAGAAAGAGAACUUUGUAUGUAUCUAACUGUCCAACUUACAAGAUUGCCAGGGCACCCCCUUUCACACAAGUUUGCAUUGUCCCUGGUGCUCUAAACUGUCCUGAGCUCGUGGGACGAGCCCUGGUGUGCGAGGUGUUACUGGCAAUGGAAUGUGUAUGUGUAAAGAAUGUUACCCAUGAAAAUCCAUUGCUCUCGUGUACAACAUCUGUGGCCUAGGACUCCUGCUGGCUACUGUAGUAAACGACCUAAACUCAAGAGGCCAAUUUAUAGCUACAGCCUAUCCUCCCCACAAAGCCAGGCCUAAUGCUUCCCCUGGCAGAGAGAAGCAAAGCAAACCAAACUGGGGUUGUAUGAAGACAGUUGGCUAGCCAUGUGGUUUUGGUUUUAUAGGUUUUUGUUUUGUUUUAGGUUUUGGUUUUUAUGAUGCAUCUGGAAUAGGGAGGAGAAAUCUUUCAAGACACCACAGCAUGCCAAUCACAUUUUAACUGACUCGUUGACAGUACUGACACAUAAAUGGUUCUAUCUCUAUUCUCAUCAAAAUUAAAAUUAGUUAUCGAUUUAGUCAUCAUGUCUAAGUAGAACACAUGCACUAGUAUUAAGUAUAUUUGAGCACUUUUUGAAAAACAAUACAAGCAUCUGUUGCUACUUUAUGCCUAAAAAAAUAUGGAAGUAUGGGAUUCUGGGAGACUUUGUGGCAUCUUUCACUUAAAUUUGUGUGAAGUUAACACUUAAUCAAAUCCAGAAUUGCAUCCUUUUGGAAAACCGUCCACCUCACUGCCCCUUUCAGUUUCUAACCACAGUUACACAUAACACAUCUCCAUGAAGGACCAGUCAUUUAUGUUACUCAGCUCAUUGUAUGUUCAGAGAUCAGUAUUGUUUUGUUUUCCCCAAUAAUCAUGGUACAAUAUGAAUUAAAUCAACUUUGAUUCUCUAGGAUAUUUGAGUAAUAAUUUAUGUUUUGGCUCUAAGCUCCAACUUUCUUUUUAAAAAUAUUUCUGCAUCAUCUUCUAUAACACAAAUCAAGACUCUUAUUUUUCCUGUGCUUUUGCCCCAAAUGGUUUUUUGAAUGUGUAUGACAACACAUUACAUUAAUGAAUGCGAACCCAUGUUCUGAGCACACUAAUCAAACAGACAAUAUAGAAAUGCCUGCUUCCUUUGUUUCAGCACCUGUAUUCUCAAGGGUCUUCUUAUUGACAAGAUACAGUGAUGCGUACGAGCCAGGCAGAGGGUUGAAAUGAAGACCAGCCAAGGAAAUCACACCGUUAGUCACCCUGCAUGGACAUGGUCAAAUUACUAUCCACUUGCGCUUCCUGGUCUUUGUCAUCAUCCAGCAUAUGGAUUUUAGACUAACUUGACGUUAAGAUGUUUUGUUUUGUUUUUCCUGCUCCCUAAGCCUUCUCAUUGAGUCACCCCUUCUCAGUACUGCAGAAUCCUCCUCCCAAAUUAAUUUUCUCCUUUCAGCAUCGUGAUAGGGAUGUGUUUGUGACACAUUGUCAUUCAUAGCCUGUGCUCCUUUGUGAUGACGUCCCUAAAUUCUGUGAUCACAUCACGACUUGUGUUAUGAGUAGAGAGGAAUGGGACCCCAAAAUUGGACACUAGAAAUUGGUGGGUGGUGCUCAUAACUGAAAACACUUAGCUUAUUGAAGUGCCUCUAUUUACAUGUUCUUUAGUUAUAAUAUGUAUUUUUCUAACAGAAAUACACGUCUGUAAUUGAUGUUUAUUAUACUUUGUAUAUGUUACAACAAAGGCUAAAUGGAGGCUAAUGUCUUCAGCAGAGAAGAAUGGACUGUAAAUUUAUGAAUAAGAGCACUGUGGUCCUGCAUGGACAGCUAGGAGACAGCCUUCUACCGUUGCAUUGAAGACCAAGUUGGCGCUUUGAUUACAGCCCUCAGACUGGAGCACUGGAAGUCUGACUCCCUUACCUUGGUUUUCCAAGGAGGAAGGUGACAUGAGUCACCUGCUUCAAAUGUAAGGGAUAGAAACUACUUUUGUCUACACUGAAAAAAAAAAAAACCAACACUAUUCAUUGAUGAGAAGUGGCAAUUUUAAAAGAAACAUUCUUUAAGUCAAACACAUUGAAAAUAUUAUUGGAUGCAGAACAACCACAAGAUUUAAGUUCCAUCCCCUGCUACAGACAUUAGCCUUCCUUGAUUCUUCUUGCCAUUACAUACAUAUUUUGGCUACCAGACUAAGCACCAACUGAAAUCCUCAAGGAGGAAUAAAACUUGGUAAAAUCCUGACUUGUGAUCUGUUUCUUGCCUUUUUCUGCAAGGCUGGUUACCAGGUAGUAACUUUAAGUUCCCCAUGUUAAUGGAUGCAGGAUUUGACUUCUCCAAACACUUGCCGAUACUCAAGCUCCUUUUACUUGAUUCACAAUCUCUAGCAUAUUUAAAUUUAAAACAACAUAGCCUUGCAACCAGAAGAGGAAAGCAGUCCAUAUCGUCUAAAUCGACAAUGUGUUCCUCCUUGGUAGAGAUAUCAGCCAGUGCUUAGUUUUAGGCCAACUUAUACAAAUAGAGUACUGAUUUGUAUGCAUUCUGGAGACUUGCUAUGUCAUGUUCUGCUGCAGCCCAGACUCAGCGUAGCAUGGAGCACCUGGGACUUCACUGACAGUGGGGUGGAUACUGGAGUCUUUGGUAUUGCCUCGUAAUGAGGGACUUCAUGAGCAGCGCCUGAUGAAGGCACCACAGUGCAGUCUCUCUGUGUGCAUAUACAGAACACAUAUGCAGGAUAAAUGUGUGCACCAAUCAAACCUAAAAUUUUAUGUGACUGUCAAAUGACUAUUAUUUGGGUUAAGAUUUUUCAUUUCUGAUUUGGAUAGAAAAUUGCUAUUAAUCUUGUAUUAAAAUAGUUUUUAAAAAUCUA